AUGGUAGAGACAUUGGAACAAGUUGAGCUUUGCAUCUUUCCUCUCAACACCUCCUGCAUAUCAACGCUGGUUUCUCCCAAAGCCACACUCAUCAAAACACUGUCGUACUACAUCGUUCUGCUGACUGUGUCACUCAACCUGUUGGUGGUCAUCUCCAUCUCUCAUUUCAGGCAGCUUCACACCACCACCAAUGUCUUCCUCCUCUCCCUGGCUGUGUCUGACUUGCUUGUGGGUCUUACAGUGAUGCCAACUGAAAUCGUCAUCCAUCAGUCCUGUUGGUUUCCAGGUAAAAUCACAUGUGAUGUCUUUUUGUUUUUGAGCUUUAUCCUCACCUCUUCCUCUGUUGGAAGCAUGGUGCUCAUAUCAGUGGACCGUUAUGUGGCUAUUUGUGUUCCUCUGCACUAUUCUUCCAUGAUAACAACGAAAAGAGCUAAAAUCUGUGUGUCUUUGUGUUGGCUCUGUUCCGUUAUCUAUAACUUCAUAAUCCUGAAAGAUAACAUGUCCCAAAAAUAUAUGUUCAAUCCCUGCUCCCAAGAAUGUACAGUUUUCAUAAGCUCCAUAUCAUGGAUAGUAGACUUUAUUGUCACUUUUUUUGGCCCUGUUACUGUUAUCAUUGUUCUCUAUAUGAGAGUGUUUGUGGUGGCUGUGUCACAGGCACGUGUUAUGCGGUCUCAAAUUGUAGCUGUCAAAUCAAGAACUCUGAUUGUAGUUGCAAGGAAAUCUGAGAUGAAGGCUGCUAGAGCUCUUGGCAUUGUCCUACUUGUGUUUAUAGUUUGUCUGUGUCCGUUGUACUGUCCUUUUUUAGCAGGAGAGGACAGUACAUUUGAUGGUUCAUCUGCUCAAAGUUGGAUAUUUUCUUGUAACUCUACUUUAAAUCCUCUAAUUUAUGCCUUUUUCUACCCAUGGUUUAGAAAAUCCAUUAAAAUCAUUGUCAGCUUUCAAAUACUGCAACCAGGUUCCUGUGAGGUCAAGAUAUUAUAG